CAUUAUAUAAGGCUUUGUCUCAGACAACUUUUUGUGCACUCCUCGUCCUUUUCCUUCCUUCAACAAAACACAGGAAGAUGGGUUUCUUGUUACCAACCCUCUUCCUUUUUGUGUUCUCCCUCCAAACAAAGGCUGAGGAAUUUGACUCCUUCUUCAAUGCAAACAUUUCCAGUUUCAGCAGUGGCAGAAAACUGGCAGGAAGAUGCAAUUUUUUCCGUGGGAAAUGGGUGUAUGACCCUUCAUACCCUCUCUAUGACCCCUCUACAUGUCCCUUCAUAGAUCCACAAUUCAACUGCCAAAAGUACGGUCGCCCUGACAAACAGUACCAGAAAUAUAGGUGGCAACCCUUCUCUUGUCCUUUACCAAGGUUCAAUGCGUUUGAUUUCCUGGCCAAGUAUAGGAACAAGAAAAUCAUGUUUGUUGGUGACUCCUUGAGCUUAAACCAGUUCAACUCACUCGCUUGUAUGAUCCACUCUUGGGUGCCAAAAACUAGAACCUCUUUUAUAAAGCAAGAUGCUCUCUCCAAAAUCACAUUCCAGGACUAUGGGCUUGAAUUAUUUCUAUACCGCACACCAUACUUGGUGGACCUUGAUCGUGAGAGCGUUGGAAGGGUUCUGAAGAUUGACUCAAUAAAGAGUGGUGACGCAUGGAGAGGGAUGGACGUGCUAGUUUUCAACACGUGGCACUGGUGGACCCACACCGGGAGCUCACAGCCGUGGGACUACAUUCAAGAGGGUAACAGGUUGUACAAAGACAUGAACCGUUUCAUUGCAUUCUACAAAGGCUUGACAACUUGGGCUAGAUGGGUUAACAUCAACGUCAAUCCAGCCCAAACCAAAGUCUUCUUUUUAGGAAUUUCACCUGUGCAUUAUGAGGGGAAAGAUUGGAACCAACCAGCGAGAUCAUGCAUGAGUGAGACAGAACCAUUUUUUGGUUUGAAGUACCCUGCAGGGACACCAAUGGCAUGGGUGGUGGUGAACAAGGUUUUGAGUAGGUUAAAGAGGCCAGUGUAUUUCCUAGAUGUGACUACACUUUCACAGUACAGAAAAGAUGCACAUCCUGAAGGCUACAGUGGGAUCAUGGCAACAGAUUGCAGUCAUUGGUGUCUUCCAGGAUUGCCUGAUACUUGGAACGUGCUUCUGCAUGCUGCACUUUUUGGCUGAAGGAAGCAGUGACUUGCCAACUUUGUUUAAUAGAGGAAAACCAAUUGUUUUCUAAUGUAGGAAAUAUUUAAUUUGCCAUUUUAAUUUGCUUCUUGGAAUUGGACAAUAAAAGGGUUUGAUUCUCCAAAUUGUAAAUUUAUUAUUGUUUUGGCAUAAACGUGCCUUUGAUGUACCAAAUACGCCCCCCCUUUGGAAUAUUGAAAAGCAUUUGCUCUGAAGUUUCCUUUGGAAUGA